CUGGAAGGGAGGAAGGGGGCGAGACGAGACGACCACCGAGACGAGACAGACGAGGAGGUGCCACUAGGUCUACGCCGGUCUACGAUCUACUGCAAGCUUGCUGCAAGCGAUGCUGGCCCUGGUGCCCCUGCUGGUGACGCUGCUGCAGGUGUCGGCGGGCGCGGCGGCGCGCCUGGACACCCUCCCGGACGGCACCGGCCUGGUGGGCGGCCCGCUGCACCACGACCGGCCGCUGCUGCCCCUCAAGAUGUGGGCCAACCCCCGGCGCUCGCAGCUGCGGCCGCGCCGCAAGGACCUCCGCGAGGACACGCUGCUCGGCAUCCUGGGCAGCGACUACCAGCCCGGCUGGAUGCGCGUCUCAAGGUCCGCUGGAGGACAGGACUUCCCCGCCGAGGAGCGCGCCGCGGUGCGCGCCCUCCGCGACCUGGUGGACGGCGACGACUCCCCGCCGGACCUGCGCCUGCCCGCGGGGCUGUCCGCCGAGGCGCGCGCGCUGGUCAAGGCGUGGCUCGUGCGCCGCGCCGCGUGCCCCGUGCGCUUCGUGUGGGCCGACCUGGGCCCGUACUUCUGGCCGCGCUGGCUGCGGCGCGGCGAGUGCGGCGUCGAGCCCACCGGGGACGAGGACGAGGAGAACAUGACGACCGCCAGGAGGACCGUCAACGGCGUGCUCCGGGAGGACGACGAGGACGAGGACGACGACGACCUGGGCGGCGGCGCGAGGCGGAACGCCACGGCCACCGCGUCGACGCAGUCCUGCUCCUGGCCGCCAGGCAUGAAGUGCGUCCCCGGGCUGACGAGGACCCUGCACAUCCUGCGGUGGCACUGCCGGUUGCGGAAGCACUCCCAGGCCACCAGCUUCAACGCCAUUUGGUCGGCGCCCCCCGAGAAGCCCAUCUCCAAGAUGAACGGCCGUCAGAAGAGGAGCAAGUAUCGGUGCACGUGGAUCAAGGUGCCGUACUCCGUGCCCGAGGACUGCGUCUGCUCCGUGUGAGGCCCAGAAGCCAGCCAAGCCCGCCACCGUUGUCCGAAUGCACGAAAUCCAGCCACCAAGAGGGUUCUUGGAACUCUCUUUAAAAAUGUCGUUAGGUGAAAAAGCAAAUGUGACGCUUAUCGUGAUACUUAGUCGUAGGAUCGUUUUUAAAUUUAGAAAAUAGGUCGGUUUUUUCGGCGCGUGCGUGCCGUUUUGAACCAAGUCUGACUCUCACCGCGAGAAAUGGCACGUAGGAACGGAAAUAUCAAUGUCAAUCAGGUUAGGUUGAAAUCCCUGUGAUGUAAUUAAAAAUGACACUUUUAGCUUAAGUCAUAUUUAUUAAAAUAUUAAAGAUUCAUUUUUUUAAAUACGA